GUAACAUGUUAAACUAAAAUUGUGAAUAACUAUAAAUAUUACCAGAUGUGUUUAUUUACCCUGCAUAACAGGCAUGUGGAUUUGAUCGGUUAUACAUUGAAACAAAGCAAACAACUAGCUUCUAUCUGAUUGGGUUACAAACGCCAUUUAGUAUCUAUGGAAAAUUUGGGAUGUGACAAGAUGGAUGUGCUUAAAGUAACAUAUGAUAUCACAGAUUUACCAGAACUUAAAUACUUCUCUAAAAGGAUUCAAGAAAUAAUAAUUAACUGCCAGAAAAUGAAAGCAAAGAUUGAACGACAUACAAAAGCCAUUGUGUCCAAAUCCGAAAAAAUCUUUGGUAACAUUAGCAUUAUGAUUUUUAAUAAAGAUGAUUCGAGGGAAAGUCGAUUAUCUGUCAAAGAAGUAAUUUCUCUCGUCAAUGAUGUGACUCCGCGUCAACAGAAAAUGCAUGAAGAUAAACUUUCGAGGCAAGAUUCAACUCUUGAAAGCGGUGAAAUAAGGGUAGAUUUUGUUGCUGAAGGGUGUUUACAAAAAUACAAUCAAUGUGAUCACAGUUGUCACAGGUCUUUCCUGUUAUCGUCUAGCGGCAAGUAUGCCGUUGUUGACGGUAAAGCAGCAGUCGUAGAUAUGAAGGAGAUCGAAAGAGUGCUUGUCACCGACAUUUACAAUAAGGUUGUAGAAGUUGCAGAACACGUUAUGUUUGAAUCUCUUCAAGGCGUUUUACAGGCUCUUCAGAACAGGUGCAUGCCGAACAAGAAACGUGCCAACUACGGAAAUCCGUCGCAACGAAAUGUAUACUGCAUCUCAUCGGAAGACCAGGAAAUUGUUCUUGAAUUGAUAGCAGAGGCUCGCCAUGUUUUCAAAAGCAGCUGUCUAUCGGGCCAAAAGAUGUGGGGUAUUCUUGAUGAAGAAACUGAUGUUAUUGUCCAGCUUGAUGAGAAGACGGCGCGUAAAAUAUUGGAAUCAAACAAGUACGUAUAUGGAUGCGGUCUGAAAGGAAAUCAACUCCAAAUCGAUAUAGACGAACGCGCCCUGAAAGACGUUGACAAUGACGAAGAAAGACACAGGAAAAUACUUAAACGACUGUUACGAAAGCAUGGCAUUUCAAACUACACGACUAACUAUGGUUUCUUCAAAUUAGAACCUUUCACAUGUACAAUCGGGAGUAAAAUCAGCUGUGGUCAGGGAAGCCGCCAAUUCAGAAGAACUCUAGGCGGAUUUGCUGAGAAAGGACGGAAACUGUAUGCACUCACUGCACGACAUUUCUUAAUCGAGGACAAAGUCCAUCUGAUAAUAGAAAUGAAUAACACCGAAAUAUCGCAACCCCUAGGACAAGUGGAGCAAGGUCGAGUGGAGAACAAAGGAGAGCUUGAUAUAGCUGCUGUUCUUAUUCAUCCGAACAUAACGAUUCCAGAAGAUGAUAAGAUGUUAAAAGAUAGUGAAGGAACAAUAAGGCAAAGCAUUUUGUUUCCAUUUCAAGAAAAAAUCCCAGAAAUUAUAAACGAAUUAACUCAUCAAGCGGUACACAUCUGGGGCUCCGAAUCUAAACCUGGACUAGGAAAGAUUACCAUUCCAGAGUAUUUCGUGAAUGGACUUCAGAACAAACUCGUUGUUGUCGAGGAUAAAUUAUUUUCGGGAGAAGAUGAUCGCUUUGGUAAAAAGGGCGACAGUGGUUCAAUUAUUUGCUCUGAUGAUAUAGCCGGACAACAUGUUAACGUGUAUUGCAUGUUGAUGGGAUCCGACAACAACGCAGCUGUACACAGAGACACACGGGAACGCCGUAGAUACUUGACAUUUAGGAUGGAAGCAGGUAUCCUUCAACUGAACCAAGAACUCGGAGGACGAUUUAAGCUAUGCUAACACUUAAGUUUAAAUGAUUUAAAACACAAGACACCCGAAAAUGUAUCGCUUCUUAAAAGCACAAGAUAAGUUUUUAUUUUCUUAAGUUUGCAAAAGCCGAGAAGGAAGGUCAUUGAUUACAAAGGUACAUUCAGUGUGAUCCGUUGCGUAAACAACUAGAAACUCAUUACUCGCGAGUUAGGUUUAGAAUUAUAGCUUUGAUAACAUGCAGGUUUCCGAUGCCGUGAAAUGCCUAAAAAGGGACUUUACAAUGACUUUAAUUGUACCUUUAAAUCGUAUCAGACGGGAUCAUCAACAACAGUUAUAAUUGCGAUUGCAAAAUUCGAAAUAAAAGAUCAUCUAAAGUGAGGAUUAUAACUGAUCGGACAGAAUGAACGGUAUUGUAGUGUUUUUCGAACAUACAUAUUGAAGGAAUUGCGUUCGCAACGCUUCCGUCCCUUCUAGCACGGGUUAAUUCACCCAAAUGCAUAAUUGUAGUGCAAAAAUGCCAUUUCUAAUUUGUCAUUUGAA